AUGGCUCAAUUCAUGGAUUUACGGGCUUUCAUUUUGCGUGCGCGUGUCCUCAAAUUUUAUAGGCAGGCACUGCGUAUGACUCGCCGAGCCCCUGAACAUGCUCGUGAUGAGUUGAGGCAGACAGUACGGGCGGAGAUUGAAAAAAAUCGCAAUUGUGAUGAUAAGCAAAAGAUUAAGUUUUUAAUUAGUGAAGGACUACAGAGAUUGAAGGGUCUUGAUGAGAUGCUUGACAUGACAGGAAACGGAUAA